UCUCUCCGGUUUGAUUCAUUCCCGCUGCUCCGGUAACGACGGCUCAUAACGGCGCCUAACGGUCCACGCUGCUGCUGCUCCGGUGAUAACGGUCCAUAACGGUCCAUAACGGUCCCGUCUGCUGCUGCUGCUGCCGCAUCUCCGUUAACGGUUACUAACGGUCCCUACUGCUGCUGCUCCGGUAAUAACGGUCCUUAAAGGUCCCCGUUGCUGCUGCUGCUGCUCCGCUAACGGUUACUAACGGUUACUAACGGCUGCUAACGGUCGGUCCUGUCAGAUUAACGUCCCGCUGAGGUGUUUUUUUUUGUCGCUGCGUCGUUCUCUCUCCGGUUCUGUCCCCCCUGCCUCCCGUCCGCCGGAACCAUGAAGACGAAGUUCAUCAACGGCGUGUCCUCGUCGCCCUCCCUGUCGCUCGGCCUGCUGGUGACCCAGAACGCGCUGCAGGUGCAGCCCGACGCCCAGCAGGACACCAAGGAGCCGCUGCGGCUCGAGCAGCCCGACCCGGACACCCGGCGGAGGGCGUUCCGGUGGUGCCGGGAGUUCCUGCACGGAGCCUGGAAGAGCGUGACGGAGGAGGAGUUCAGCAUCAGCAUCAUCAGAGGCGGUCUGAGCAACAAGCUGUUCCUCUGCAGCCUCCCCGACGGCGAAGCUUCAGUCGGAGACGAACCCAGAAACGUCCUGCUGAGACUCUACGGAGCCAUUUUACAGAUGUCCUGCAAUAAAGGAGAGUCUCGACAGUCCAACAAAGAAAACCACUUCCAGGGCGCCGAGGCCAUGGUCCUGGAGAGCGUCAUGUUCGCCAUCUUGGCCGAGCGGGAACUCGGACCGAAGCUCUACGGCAUCUUCCCUCAGGGCCGCCUGGAGCAGUACGUCCCCAGCCGUAAGCUGGACACGUGCGAGCUCAGCGACUGCAGCAUCUCAGCCGAGGUGGCGGAGAAGAUGGCCAAGUUCCACGGCAUGAGGAUGCCGUUCAACAAGGAGCCCCAGUGGCUGUUCGGCACCAUGGACAAGUGAGUUCCAGCCGAGCCGCCGGCCGACAGCCCGUCCGCCCGCCUUAUCAGGACGCUUCUUCUUUAUUUAUUUUGUUUCACAUUCAGGUCUCUGCUGGAGUCGACUCCGUCUCCCGUCGUCUUCUGUCACAACGACUGCCAAGAAGGGAACAUCCUGCUGCUGAAAGGCCGACAGAGUUCCGACAAACAGAAGCUGAUGCUCAUCGACUUUGAAUACAGCAGCUACAACUACAGGGGCUUCGACAUCGGGAACCAUUUCUGCGAGUGGAUGUACGACUACAACUGCGACGAGUUUCCGUUCUUCAAAGUCGACGCUCAGAACUACCCGUCCAAAGCCCAGCAGCUCCACUUCAUCGAAAGCUACCUGCGCGAGUCCGACCGAGGCUUCGACAACCUGAGCGAGGAGGACCAGACGAAGGUGAAGGAGGAGCUGUACGUGGAGGUGAACAGGUUCUCUCUGGCGUCCCACUUCUUCUGGGGUUUGUGGUCCAUCAUCCAGGCGCGACUGUCCACCAUCAAGUUCGGAUACCUGGAAUACGCUCAGGCCAGAUUUGACGGCUACUUCCAGCAGAAGAAGAUGUGGGCGGUGUAACGGAGCGACCCGACCGGACCAUCAACGCCACGUUCAGCCGGAAGCGUCCAGGCUGACCAGAUUCACGCUUUACUUCCUCCUCGCCCGCCGGGGAUCCGCUGGCUCGCGCCGGCGUUUGUUGGCCAAAGCCGAAGCUCGACCACGUGGCUUGGUGCUUUAACGUCCCACAAUCCAUUGCAGCUCAAAGUUUACACUGCGUCUACCUGAAGGCCAAAAUAAUAGAGUAAAAAGCAUCGACUACUAACCUUCAUCGCCGCUCGGCUCCUCUGCCCGCUAACCGAGGCUUCGGGGAACGGCGGCGGGUCGAAAGCAUUGCAUCAACGCGUUUGUACAGAUCAUUAACCGACGGAGACGCUUCUGUGGGAACGAACCAAAUGUGAAGCAGCCGCGUGCUAAAUAUGAAUAUUAUACCGUAGAUGUGCCAGUAGCUGGUCCUGUCUGUUACUGAUGGGCCGACUUGGUCCGAUGUUCUGACUAUCACACACUUUGUUUGGUUUGCUUCUUAAAAAUGGGCGAGUUUUUAAGCCCGUGAGUAGUUUCCUGACGGGCGUCACCAAAUCAGACGUCUGGAGUCUCACUCGUACAGUAUUACAGCGGAUCACUGUGACGAGUCUUUGUGUCGUCUUCGCUUUGCGUUGUCGGAUUCCGGCAGCUUUUGGUGAGUCUCGCCGCUCAGCCCUCCACACGGCAGACUUCUUAUCGCAACGAUGCAUUCUUUGGCGACUUUCCUGGUGUUUUGGCUUCACUUCCUGCCACCGAGUUGCCUCGUCGUUGCACCAAUAAUCCAAAAUGUCAAUAAACAGGCGUCACAUCAGGCUGCACAGCUGGAUUUUUUUUUGCAUAAAUCACUUAUUCAACCCUUUGAACUCCAAGUAGAUUCUGUGCAUAUUAUUAUUUUUUUUGUUUUUUUCUUCCCUGUGGGUUCAUUUUUCACUGCAAUGUGAAGUCCUGCACCUCUGUGGACACGCAGAAGUUGUAAAACCCGGCAAAAGUGGCUCUCAAAUGUCUGCACCUCUAUGGAAGCAGCAGAACUGUGGCUAGAAGGAGUCAGAACUUUACAAUAUAACACAGUCAAAUGACUAAACAAGGAAAAAAGCUAAACUUCUUUAAUGCAUGUUACCAAAAUUAAGAAAAUGUGCAACCAACAUGUCCAACGUUUUACCCACAAACACCACCAACACUGGGAGCACGGUAACUCUACCUUCUGUAGAUAUUGAACUAUUUGCAUUGUUCAUUAGUUCCGUACACGUCUCCUGUCUGGCUGCAGCCAAAAACACAGGAGUGGACGUGUUUUACACAAUCUGGUUAGAAAAAAAGAUUCAUCUUAUUGGUGAAUUUUGAAUCGAGACUUGUAGAAUAAAAUAUCUCCAUUUUAAACUCAGAUUUGGUUCAUUUUCAGGUACGAUUAGUUCAAGGACUGUUGGAAAAUUGAAGAUUUAAAGCUUCUGGCUCUGAUGAAUGGUGCAAAUUUUGGAGUUCAGGAGGUUAAGUGAGUUCUCACUGGGCAGCAACUCGGCUAAAGGUGCAUUUCGUGACGAUACUUAAAUGGGAAUUCGGCUCUGAAGUUCUGCAUCUCAGACGAUCUAAGUGUAGCGGUGCAGAGAGAAAACCGAUUAAUUCAUCCGCACAUGGUGAACCGGCUCGUUCCUACCUCACCUGACACGCCACCACCAAUAGAGAUUCAUCCCCUGCUGCUGAGAGAAACUUGGCUCUGCCUUUAAAUCAGAAGUGUUAGAAUUUAGAUUUGUGUUUACUGUUUGCUGACAUUCAAUGCGGACCUGCACCUCAGUUUGACACUCGUAGCAAUCGACUGUUUAAAAGUACUUUAUGUCACAAUUUCCACGUUGUGAAGAAGUACCAACAGACUCAAACUGACUUUUGCUAAACCCGGCGAGCAUAUUGUACUGUAGACACAAGGCAGGUUUAGUACUUGAAAUUAAUGAACUUUUUUUUUUUUUUUUGCAGUCUUCUCGAUUUCUAGCUAGCUACUCUUAAUUUUGCAGCUUUUCAAAGACAGGAACCUUGUUAAAAAGGUUUUAAAUACGCUCUUGGUUGCUGCAUUUGUGAUAUAAAAUGCUGAAGCUAAGACUGAAUAACUUUGCGACAUGCAAAUACAAAACCAAAACACAAUAAUUACGUAUGUGUUCAAAAUGCGGUCUUUUAAUGCUUGUUGUUCAGUGACUGCACUCCAGCUAGUUAAGGCUAGGCUAAAUGUGGUCACAGCUAGCUUCAGCUAAAGCUAAUUUACAGACUUUUUAAAGUUUGUUUCAGUAACUGCACAGUUUAUUUUGAUGUUUUACCUCAUAAACAGGGAUGACACUAAUCAGAUAGAACAGUUAAAAUAGAGGGUCUAGCUAAAAGCUAAUCGGCCUAGCCUAGCCUAGAUGUCCAAUCACAGCAUGCAGAAGCAAUCUUCUCUAAAAGUUGUGUUUUUUCUUUAAAGGAAAUAAAAGUCAUUCAAUCAGAGUUACAAGAUUGUACAACUCUGUUAAUGUCUGUUGUUUAAAAGAGAACAAAGUCCAAACCAAACCGCAGUGACUCCAGCUAGCUAAGGCUAGUCUGACUGCAGUCAGAGCUAUAUUUAGCUAAACCUAAUAUACUGAUGUUUUCAUACCAUUUAAAUUUUGAUGCUCCGCGAUCUUAGCAAUCAGAUAUUACAAUGCAUGAAUAAGGCCAAAGCUAAUAAUAAUGGUGAGACGUACCAAGUAGAGUCGUGCUAAAAAGCUAACUAGCCUAGCUUAGAUGUUUCCAGAAAAUCUAAAUAUAGCUACAUCCAUGAUAUUAUGCUAAAAUGCUAAAGCUAAAUAAGUCGAAUUUUAGAACAAUGUACAAGGCACGAAAAUAAAGGACUCUGUCCUACAAAACCAAAACACAGAACUACAUAUUUGUAGAAUGCUUUUUAUUAUCUGUUUUUCCUUCGGAAAACAGAAAAAUCAAAGUAAAAACCAAAUCAUAGUGACUUUGCUCCAGCUAAUUUAAGCUAGUCUCAGUUAAUCACAGUGAGAUUUAGCAAAAACAACAUUAUGGACUUUUUCAGCAACUGAAGCAAUAAUUUUGAUGCUCCAACAUCUUGAUAUUUCAAUAUUAUACUGUAUAAAUAAGGCUAAAGCCAGUUCUAAUGUAGAAAAUUAGCAUGUCGAGUAAUGCUAAAAGCUAACUAGAUUAGCUUAGAUGUCCAAUCACAAAGCUUAGCUCUGGUUUUAUCUAACGGUUAUUUUUCUUAUUCUCAUUAAAUUAAGUGUUUACAACCUCACACAGCUUUUACAUACUUUAGAUAAGCAGCCUUCAAACUUUAAAACCGUUUUCUAACACAGUUACUGUCAAUGUGGCAUUAAAGGUCGCUAAUGUUAGCUUGAAGUCUGAUAUAAGACAAAACUGCUUCAGCACAGUGAAAAAAAUAACACAAAGUUAAUGAGCUAAGUUUGUUUUUAAUGUAACUUUGCAAACUAAUGUGGUUAGCCUGCUCAGUUUGAAGCUAACACUUGGUUACUAGCGUUAGCUAUGGUGGAUAAUUAGCUCACUAUGCUAGUAAGUCAGUGAGAUGCUAAGCCAUAGCUGGACAAUAAACUGCUGUUUGGAUGAGUGAGUUUAGCAGAAGUCAGUUCAAGCUGUCGUCAUAACUACUAAACACUGUUUUAGGUCCCUGUUUCGCCAUAAAAUGUAGAAAAGUGUUAGCAUGUGACUGCGCUGCUACAAAACAAAGCUGUGCGACCACGGCGUGCACAUCCAAGUUCAUUCCUGUGAAGUUACACAUCUGGGUGUUCUCUGUGUUUACCACCAAAUGAAAAUGUGACUUUUGUUCGGCUGAAUAAUAAAACUCAGCAGAAACCUGACGGAGUGUUUGAAUGUCGACUUUGGCACUUUUGCGGACCGAAAAAUCGAAACUUUUACAAGUAUGUGAACGUCGGGUGUCGUUGAACUGUGACUUCUAGGUGGUUGAAAUGUUGUUUUACAUACACGUGUAUUUUAUUGUGUAUUUCAUCGUUAUAUUUCCUUUGAAUGUGUAGAUUUGUUUCUGUAAUUUUUGACUGGACUUGAGAUGGUGACGGGAAAUACUGGACAAGUGUUACUGGUUCAUCUUUUACAUCUCUGCUGUCUUUUUCUUUUUGGUUUCACAUCAUUCGGUGGCGUUUUUCUUCUGCCGAACCUGAAUUUCUCAAGUUUCUGUCCUUUUUCAUAUAUUUUUUUUUUAUAUUUGUGAUAUAAAAAAACACUGAUUUGUAAUCAUAGCACAUUCCAUCUGUGUUACUUCGCCUUCAGUAUCACUUUGGACCAAAACAACGAUGACUCCAAUUGGCUCCAACAAAACCAAACUAGUCUCCGGUAGAGAACAAACCCUCACUGAUGUUUCUGUAGUAUUCACAUUAACACAUAUAGCAGCUGUGAGUGAUUCGACAUGCAUAAUGACUGUGAACGCACACUGUGUGAUAACUUUGCUAUCUAUGCAGCUAUACUGAUGCACAUAUACUCACUACUACACACUGUGUCAUGAAUAGUGUUGCUGGUGAAGAAGUGACCUCGGCUGUAAAUUUAUUGCUUUGCACAAAUAAAAGUUUAAAAAAAAAAAAAGGAGGAGAAGCAUGA